AUGUUAUAUUCUUACGAAGCUGGAGAAUUAUCAAAAAAAUUUAUGGAACAAAAUAUUGAAUUACAACAUGAAAUUGAAACAUUUCGUUCUAAGCUUGAUUAUAUUGUAACAUAUAUUAAUCAAAAAUUGGAUCAACAAAAAACAACAACAACAUUAUCAUCUUUAUCUAUACAUCAAUUAGUAUUUGAAACUAUGCAACAAACAGAAAUGAAAUUACUUGAAUUUAAAUUAAAAUUUAUUUCACAACAAGAAGAAAAUGAUCUUUUAAAAUAUUUAAUGGAAAAAUCACAAAAUAUAUCAGAUAUUGAACAAACAAAAUUAUUUUCUAUUAUUCAACAACGUUCACUUGAACGUGAAAUUGAUCUUGUUCGUCAAGAACUUGAAAUUACAGAGAAAAAAACUAUUCAAUUUGAACAAACAUUUGAUAAUUCAGAUGAAGGAAUUAAAUUUCAUAUGGAAAAUCUUAAAUUAAAAUGUGAUGUAUUACAUAAACAUAUUCUAACAUGUAGUCAACGAUUAGAUGAUAUUAACAAACAAAAUCUUAUGAAAUUAACAAAUGAAAAUCAAAUAUUAAAAAUAAAAAAUAUUGAACUUGAAUUUGAAUUAUUACGUUUACGUGAACGUUAUAAUGAAUUAAUUGAACAUACAAAUACACUUAAAUAUGAAUUAAAUAAUGCACAAAAACAAUUACAUGAAAAAGAAAAAAUUGAACCAAAUUUAAAUGUUGGUUUGGAAAAAGAACGACGACGUGCAGAUGAAUUUGAAAAUGAUUAUAAAUCUUUAAAAAUAAAAUAUGAUGAUGUAUGUGAACGUAUUCGUAUAGCUACACAUCAAUUAGAACAUGUACAAAUUGUACUUGAAGAAACAUCACGUCGUUGUGAACAAUUAGAAAAAGAAAAGUCUGAAAUUAAUGCUCAAUCUGAAUAUCUUUCACAAAAUGUUCUUAAUAUAACAUCAAAAUAUAAAGAUAAAUUAAAUAUAAUUAAAGUUCGUUGUGAUAGAAUACGAGAAAGUGUUAUAGUAACAAAAAUAUUUGAUGUUAAAAUUAUUCCAUCAGAUCAUUCAUUAUCGGAUGAAUAUGAAAAUCGAUAUUUAUAUGAAUUACAACAAGAACGAAAGGAAUUAAUGAGAAAGAUCCAAAAUGAAAAUGAAAAAAUGCAACAAAAAUUAUCUGAAUCAAUGCAUCGUUCAACAAUUGAUUCAUUAGUACAAGAAAAUCCAACUAAUUAUACAUAUUCAAAUUCUCAAAUACAAACAAAUGUUUUAAGAUGUGCACAUUGUUUUGCACCUAAAUCAAAUGAUUUAUAUACACGAUUUUGUACGGAAUGUGGUCUACCUUGGCAAAAACUAACUCAUAAUCCACCGGAUAAUUAUUUAACUAAUAUAUGUACAAAUUGUAAAUCUACUAUUCCAUUUAAUUCUAACACAUGUGUUGUAUCUGAAACACCAGUAUCCAAAGAACCACAACAGCGACCAACUUCUCAAAAUCAGAUUUCAAAAAAAUUAAUCAAAUUACGAACUUCAAUUUCAAUUCCAACAAUAUCAAAACAAACAAAUACAAUGAUGAUAACAUGUUCAAAAUGUUUUCGUUUAAAUAAUCCUAAUGCUCGUUUUUGUGAUUGGUGUGGUGCAUAUCCUGAACAUAUAUCUACAUCAAUACAAUGUACAAAAUGUCAUACUAAUAAUGAUUCAUUUGGAAAAUUUUGUUCAACAUGUGGAUGUGUUCUUGAACCACCAUUACGUAUUAUUGAUACACGUCUUUAA